UUAGAUCCUAGCCCUAGAUCCUAGCUGUGGGCUCUAGUCUUAGAUCUGGGCACCCUUGAUGUGCUAACAGGCUUUUCCACCCCUUGCUUGUCUGGGGUGAUAGCGGCUCUUCCUGAAUAAAGGUGACCCAUUAUCUGCCUUGUAGGGCUUGUGGGUAGGACCUAGAUAUGUGUAGCUAGUGUGAGGUAAAAAGAGAGAGAACUUUUUGGAAAUACUUCCGAAAUAGGGUAGGGGAAAAAACUUCAAAAAAAGAAAAGAAAAGAAAAGGAAUGCCUCUCCGGAGUGAGAGACCUUUCUAAGGGGUGGUUGGUUUUGAUGCUGUGAUCUGCAAUUGCAUGCAUUUCUUUUCUUCUCUGGCAGGAGUUCAAGGUCUAUGGUGGAUUGACGUCUAAUCGGAUGGUUGAGAUUCUUCAUGCAGGUUUAAGGAAUGAUGAGGUCCGCGAGUCGUUCGAGCUCGAUACUUCUUACUGUGGGGCUCGCUUUCCGUGCAAAUAUAUCAAGAUCGUUCCUAUCGCCGCUUACGGCAAUAAUUUCAACCACAGCAUAUGGUUUGUAGAAUUGAGAGGAGAAACGGAUCCCGGCAUUGUACAGGCGUAUUUCCGCCUAGAGAAAGAUGGGAAAGUGGAGAAGGUCCUCCACUCCCUAAGUCUCCUUGUAGAAGACAGCCUCCCAUUUGAUAUUGUCCUGGGGAUGGAUUGGGGAGAGGCAGCCGGGGCCACACUCCGUUUGAAGGAGCACGAGUGUUGGCUCCUUGAUCCUUCAGGCGAGGCUAAGACUGCCCGCCUGUUCCAUGUGUCCGGAGUAGAGAACCCCCUGGCACAUUGCUGCCUUAGUGCACCUGCAUUCGCGAGGCUCGUGAAGAAGGAUCACCUAGAAAAACAAGUUUUUGUAGCCUAUGUAAGGCUAGUAACUGAGCCCAAGGAAGAGAAGCCUAUAGACCCUAAGAUUGCCAAGCUGCUGGAGGAGUUCAAGGACCUAGCUGAGCCGCCGACAGGAGUAGUACCGGGGCCUAUCCAGCACCGCAUUGAGAUAGAGCCUGGCAGUAGAACUCCCAAAGGAGCCGUGUAUAGGAUGUCCCCGCGGGAGUUAGAGGAGCUUCGCAAGCAAUUAGACGAGCUCCUUGAGAAGGGUUGGAUUAGGCCCAGCUCGUCUCCUUUUGGAGCGCCUGUUCUCUUUGUCCCCAAGAAAGAGGGAGACCUGAGGAUGUGUAUAGACUAUAGGGGUCUGAAUGUUGUUACAGUGAAGAAUGUUGAGCCACUGCCUAGGAUAGACGAUCUUUUAGAUCGAGUGCAGGGGGCAAAGUACUUYUCCAAGAUAGAUUUSAAGUMCGSAWAUCAUCAGAUAKAGGUGCAUCCUGAUGAUCAGUAUAAGACAGCCUUCCGGACUAGAUAUGGGCACUAUGAGUUUAUAGUGAUGCCCUUUGGACUAACCAAUGCGCCAGCGACGUUCCAGCGCUGUAUGAACAAUUUGUUUAGGCCGUGGUUAGAUAGAUUUGUUGUUGUCUACUUAGAUGAUAUCUUAGUGUUUAGCAAGACCCUCCAAGAACAUCAGGGUCAUCUCAGGCAGGUCUUGGAGAAGCUGAGAGAAGCUAACUUCAAGAUCAAUGCAAAGAAGUGCGAUUGGGCGAAGACCCAAGUUUUAUAUUUAGGCGACAUCUUAGACGGAGACGACAUUAAGCCAGAAGAUUGUAAAAUCGCAGUGAUUAGAGAUUGGACCACGCCACGUACGCUGACAGAGUUGCGAUCGUUUUUGGGCUUAGCUAACUACUAUAGGAAGUUCGUGAGGAACUUCUCCACUAUCGCUGCGCCCCUUCGCAGAUUGUUGAGGAAGGAAACCAUCUGGAAGUGGGAUAGGGACUGCACAUCUGCUAUGAAGAAGUUGAAGCAGGCACUAAUAGAAUAUUCAGUCCUUAAGGUAGCCGAUCCGUCCUUGUCCUUUGUCGUCACUACGGAUGCUAGCCAGUAUGGCAUAGGUGCGGUGUUGCAGCAAGACGAUGGCAAUGGUUAUAGACCCGUAGAGUUCAUGUCCGCUAGGAUACCUUCAGAGAAGGUUGCGACAUCGACCUAUGAGAGGGAACUCUACGCUCUCAGGCAAGCAUUAGAACACUGGAACCAUUACUUGCUUGGGAGGCACUUCAAAGUCUAUUCUGACCACGAGACAUUGCGAUGGUUAAAAACGCAGGCCAAGAUGACACCUAAGCUUACUAGGCGGGCCGCAGAAAUAGAUCAAUAUGAUUUUGAGCUCCAACCGGUCAAAGGGAAGUAUAACGUAGUUGCGGACGCUCUGAGUAGGAGAGCUGAUUACUUUGGGGCCAUAGUCCAUUAUCUAGAUAUAGGGUCAGACCUACAACAGAAAGUUAAAGAGGCGUACUCGCAGGACCCCAUCUAUAGUGAGCUCCUUAAAAGAGGUAAGGAAGCCUCAGAGUCCGAGCCAUAUUACCGCACUACUGAUGGGUUGUUGUUUGAGAAGACUAACAUAGUAGACCGUUUGUGCGUCCCCAACAGUGAAGAGAUCCAGAGUCUGAUCUUGGGGGAAUGUCACGGCACCGAAGGACACUUUGGUUGGCAGAAGAUCUUAGCCAACCUGAUGCACGCGUACACCUGGCCAGGAAUGAAAAAUGACUGCAUAGAGUAUGUUCGCAGUUGCAAAGUCUGCCAGAGGAAUAAGUCAACUACGCGUGCCCCUUUAGGUCUUCUCAGACCUUUACCUAUCCUUGAUCAGCCGGGAGAUUCAGUGUCCAUUGACUUCAUGGACACCGGCGUUAAGAGUAGGCAUGGCAAGAGCCAAGUUAUGGUCGUAGUAGACAAAUUUAGUGAGUAUGCUAUUUUCGUUCCCUUGCCGUCGGAAGCCAGAACAGAAUUAGUAAUUCAGAAGUUCUUUGAUCACGGGGUCAGUGAACACGGGGUUCCGCUGUCUAUAGUUAGCGAUAGAGAUACCCGGUUCACAAGUCUAAACUGGCAGGAAUGGAUGCGAGUCUACGGAUCCAAGUUGUUGAUGUCAUCUGGCCGUCAUCCAGAGACGAACGGUCAGACUGAACAGAUGAACAAAAUCCUGCAGCAAGUCCUGCGCAUGUACAUUAGGCCUGAUCAAGUCAAUUGGGAUGAGAUGCUUCCCAAGGUAGCCAGCACAUACAACAACAGCCUGCACCUGUCAACCUGCUGCACUCCCAACAAGCUCCAUAAGUCCUUUAGACCACGAAGACCAUUUGAGGGACUUAACCGGGAUCAGAUUCACAGGCUACCGCCUGGUACAAGGGAGUUUGCGAUUCAGCACGAGAAGGAGAUAGCAACUGUUGCUGAGAAUCUCAGGAAGGCCCAGCACCGCAUGAUCGAACAGGCGAACAAGCACCGUCGCCCUUCACAGUUCCAAGUAGGCGACUUGGUCUGGGUCCAGUCUAAAGAGUUUGCGCCUGAAGAGAACAUUUCGCAGAAGUUACUGCCUACGUAUAGAGGACCGUGGCCGGUUCUGGAAGUCAAGGGCGGCGAAGAUGGACCGUCCUAUACCAUAGAAAUCCCAGCACACCUCCACACUUACCCAGUUUUCCAUGCAUCGAAGUUGUUACCUUGUCAAACAAGUGAUCAGUUUCCAUCCCGUAGGUCUAUGAUUCCACCAGAUAUGGAUGGAAGGUAUGACAUCGAUGGCAUAGUGGCUGAAGAUGUAUUCAGGACCGGAGGUAGAGGUCGUCCACAGAAACAGUACAAGGUUCAUUUUGCUUAUCAAGAGCCAGAAGAUGACCGCUGGUUUACGGGAUCUGAACUCCUAGAGACAGCUCCCGAUAUAGUCCGGCCCUACGAAAGGCAACAGAAAGGUAAAGGUCCUGCCUUGGACUGAAAUUUUCUCGGAGGACCUCCAAUUUAGGCCGGCGGGAGUGAAACGGUAUUCACCACUUCGCAGUAGCUGAUGCAGAUCCCAGGGCUCGAUCCCUAGUUCCCCACCUUACCUGUGUACAGUAACUGUGUCAACCCGUAGAUUUGAACCUGCGACCUGUAGGACCGCCAGUGGUAGGUAGGAUCUCGUAGGUUACAGGGUAUAGGGGAUUCGAACUGUAGACCUGUCGGGUAGGAGUCUAGACAGUCCAGAGGUUGUAGCUGUAGACUGUCCGAAGGGUCAAAGUCGUAGCUGCUACUGACCUGAAAGGGCAGAGUCGUAGCUGCUACAGCACCGAAAGGCCAGGUAGAGAGUUCUAGAAGUGGCCUUUCGGAAGUCAGCCCACUAUAGGUCUAGGCAAGUGGGCAAGUGGUGGAAGUCCACCACGCAGAGUCAGCAGUCCCAGUCCAGCCAGUCCGGUCCAGUCAAGCAAGUACCGUCUGGGACUGUGCACACCGUGGGCCAGGGAAGCAGGGCAGACCCACGACUCACAGAAGUAUAAAUCAAGAGGCUGAGCACAG